AUGGAUCAAUCUAUCUCAUUCUGUUCCUAUCUAUCUAUCUAUCUAUCUAUCUAUCUAUCUAUCUAUCUAUCUAUCUAUCUACUUCAUUCUGUUCAUGUCUAUCUAUCUCAUUUUGUUUAUAUCUAUCAAUCAUUCUGUUCAGCAUCUACUCAUCUAUGUCAUUCUGUUUAUAUCUAUCUAUCUAUCUAUCUAUCUAUCUAUCUAUCUAUCGUUUUCGUUCUGUUCAUAUCUAUCUAUCUAUCUAUCUAUCUAUCUAUCGUUUUCGUUCUGUUCAUAUCUAUCUAUCUAUCUAUCUAUCUAUCUCAUUCUUUCCAUAUCUAUAUAUAUAUAUAUAUAUACCUAUCGCAUUCUCUUCUUGCUUAUCUAUCUAUCUAUCUAUCUAUCUAUUUAUCUAUCUAUCUAUCUACCUUAAUCUUCUCAUAUAUCUCUCAGACUGACCGUAUCUAUCUAUCUAUCUAUCUAUCUAUCUAUCUAUCUAUCCCAUUCUCUUCAUAUCUAUCUACUCUUGCCCUUCCCUAUACGUUCCGGCUAGUUUCAUAA